GAAACUUGCCCGCCCGCUCCACAUUCAGCCGCUGGGUGGUUCAGCAGGUCCCGGAUCUGGGAGCCAGCGAACGGGCGCGCGCACGCUAGGCAGCAGCGCCCGCUCACUGGGGAGGAGGCCCUCCCUUCCCCCCGCCCCCGGGAGAGUAGCACGAUGGCGGCCGCGGGGGGUCCCUCCGCGCCACCGCGCUCGCGAGCCGUGAGUGAGCUCUGUCAGAACGCCCGAGACACCUUCCUGGAGGCCUCGCGGUUAUUGCUCACCUACGCGGACAAUAUCCUCAGACACCCAAAUGAAGAAAAAUAUAGGUCUAUUCGGAUUGGAAAUCCAGCAUUUUCUACUCGGUUGUUACCUGUCAGAGGAGCAGUUGAAUGUUUGUUUGAAAUGGGAUUUGAAGAGGGAGAAACUCAUCUUGUUUUUCCUAAGGAAGCCUCAAUUGAACAACUACACAAAAUCCGAGAUCUGAUUGCUGGAGAGAGAAAUAGCAGACUAAGUGAAUCAAGUCAAAUCCAAAGAUCAGGAUCUUUUCAAACUGUAACUAGUAUGCAGCAUACUGUACCUCAGUCUUCAAGAGCUGCUGACUCCACCCUAAUCCCUGUCAAUAGGCAACUACAAACAUCAGCUGCACAAUCUGCUGAAAUGGAGUCUGAAACUAUCUUCUUUAAAACCCUUCAAUCAAACUUUCAGCAUGUGCAAGUGUAUGAGAAUCAAUCUCUUCAGAAGAAAGCAUUGGCUUCUAUUCCAGUCCAAGCAUUGAAAGAGAGAGCUCAAGAAAAGUUAGCACAAGCCAAAAAAGUGGAUGACGGAACCCAUGUGAAUGAAGAUGAUUUUUUGUUGUUGGAGCUUUUGCAGUGGUUUAAGGGUGAAUUUUUUCAGUGGGUGAAUAACCUUGCUUGCAGCAAGUGUGGUGGUCAGACAGAGCCUAAAGGUCUCUUAUCACCUAACGAUGAAGAUCUGAGAUGGAAUGCAAACAGAGUUGAAAAUCAUCACUGUAACCAGUGCCAGUUCAGCAAUAGAUUCCCAAGGUAUAAUAAUCCUGAGAAACUUCUGGAAACAAGACGUGGGCGUUGUGGAGAGUGGGCUAACUGUUUUACACUGUGCUGCAGAGCAAUAGGAUUUGAAGCUAGAUAUGUCUGGGAUUCAACAGAUCAUGUGUGGACUGAGGUAUAUUCUUCAUCCCAGCAGAGAUGGCUUCAUUGUGACCCUUGUGAAACUGUGUGUGAUAAACCUCUUCUCUAUGAGAUUGGCUGGGGAAAGAAGCUCUCCUAUGUAAUUGCAUUCUCCAAGGAUGAGGUUGUUGAUGUCACCUGGAGAUAUUCCUGUAAACAUGAAGAAUUACUUUCUAGAAGGACACAGGUCAAAGAAGCAGCGUUGCGUGAAACCAUAGAGAGGCUUAAUAAACUGAGACAACAAUCUUUGUCAGAAAGCAGAAAGAGAGUGCUCAUGGAGAGGAUAAUUGUGGAGCUUGUUGAGUUCAUUUCUCCCAAAACUCCUAAACCUGGUGAACUUGGUGGAAGGAUAUCUGGUUCAAUGGCUUGGAGAGUUGCCAGAGGUGAAAUUGGUUCAGAGAUGAGAAAAGAAGUCAUUUUUAUUCCAUCUGGGAAAGAGAAGACCUCUAAACUCUUCCACCUCAGUUACAAUAUAGUGGAAGAUAGCUAUACACGACUUUCCAAUAAUAAUGAAAAAAUCACUGGCUGGGAGAAAGGUGUGUGGAAGACUGAGUCUCUAUGGAGAAAGGUUGAAACGGAUUGGAAAAUGGUUUAUUUAGCCCGAAAAGAAGGGUCAUCCUCUUCUUACAUCUGCUGGAAGUUUGAGUGUGGGUCAGUCGGUCUAAAAAUAGACAACAUUUCCAUUAGAACGAACAGUCAGACAUUUCAUAGUGGAAGGAUAAGGUGGAGAUUGCGCUCCAGCAUAGCAGAAGUUGAUCUGACUGGAGAUAAAAUUCUUCGCUCCUAUUCAGAUUUCUCUGAUGCAACAGAAGUUAUUUUGGAAGCUGAACUAAGUGGAGGGGAUGGUGAUAUUGCAUGGCAGCACACCCAGCUGUUUAGAGAGAGCUUAAAUAACUCUGGAGAAAAUUGUUUGGAGAUAAUUAUAAAACUCAUUGGUCUCUGAGAACUUAAACAGAGGAGAAAUGCUAUUGGCAACAGGGAUUUAUUGUAUAAAAUAUACUGUGGAUACAAUGUAAGGACUUGAUUGUCAAUUACCAUGGUUCAUACUGCUGGCAUUUUAUUUCCCAUUUGCCAGUUUUAAUUUGGCUAUCGUGAAAAUAAUACUUUUUAUACUAUGGACCAUAAAGAAACAUUGGAAUUUUGUAGGUUUAUUCUUGUGUAAACUUAUAGCAAAUAUGGAAAUGUCAAAGUAAAAAUGUGUUUCAUCCAAAACACAAAACAUGGAAAUUAAGAUAUUCAGAGUUACAAUUGAUGCUCCAUCCUAAACUUACUUCAUAGUGAGAGGAAAUAAUUAUGGGAAAGCAAAACUGAGUGAGGAACAAACAGCAGUUUUAACUUUGAAUUUGUGGGCUGGUUUGUUUCACAAUCUCUGCUGUUAUUUGGAGUUAAAAUUUGCACUUAAUUGUCUGGUAGUCAGCAUGUGUUAUGUUAUUUUUAAUUUUAAAAGACUUGUAAAAAGGAUAAUAUUAGCCCCUAACAUCUCCUGUGGUUAAAUCUACAUACUAUUUAGGCAUUUUAAAAGUUACAAUAUUAUUUUACAUGAUAUACCAGAACAGGAACUUUGGAUAAAUACGAAGGCAGUUUUUAAGAUGGCCUAGCGUGUAUUGGUCUAAGUAAUAAACAUAUUUUGGAGUAUGAUAGUAUACUGGAUAAAUACAUUUAAGUGAAAGUCAUGUUCAACAUGUACCUAGAAAUUCUGUUAUGGUCUAUCAUGUAAAACAGAGAUUUAAAAUUGAGUAAAAACAAAUUUUUAUCCUGGAAAAUGCCUAGUUUGUUAUACAUAUUUUUAUACUGUAUUAAUCCAUAUUUAUCCCCCUUUUUAUUAAGUUGUUUACUGAGCUGAUAGAUCAUAAUCACUUUUUAAGAAGCUAUUAUCUUGUGUCAGUCUGAGUCACAUGCACCAGAUUUGGUGCUAGAAGUACAUGAGGUGCUUUUUCCCCCCUUGAUGCGUUAAGUUUUCAGACCACAGAAUUCAGUAUUUAAUUUUUUGCCCCAAACACAACCAACACUACCAUCCAGGAGAUCAAACUUCCAUUUUCAGUCCUAGUCUAGCUCCAGGGCCUGUUGUAGCCUGGGAGUGCUGUGGAUGCAGUAUAAUGAGCCACUAGAGAGUGAAUGCUUGGUUUCAACAGCUUCCAUGAACUAUUAAGAAAUUGUGUAACUGUCUCCUCCUCCCUGCCCCCAACACACAAUCAACAAACAUCUGAGGGACUGUGUUGGGAUUUUAAAAAGUGAUGGACUACCUUAUUACCUGUGCAGUUAUGCAAACUAAGAAGAGACUUCAGGAUUUAAACUGAUUAUUUGUAGGGGAUUAGGAAGAGAUACUCUGCACUCCCUAUGUAGGGAACACUUGAACAACUCAACACAACUGAAAUGCACAGAAUUCCACCUAACAGAACAAUAUUAAUAUACACACAUAUACUCCCAUGCACUCACCUAGUACAAUGUGACAUCAUGGCUUGAUGAACCUGUAGCUUCAAAAAAAAAAAAAAAAAAAAAAAAAAGAGUUCUAAUAGUGAGGAAUACAGGAAAAGACAGAGCUAAACGGUAAGGAAAUAGUCCAUAUAGAAAAAGGGUUUGUACAGAAGAUAGGAGACUUUGAAAGAACUAAUAAAGUAGAAUCAAUUGAAAAUAUGCAAAAGAAGAGGGAAUAAACUGAUAGUAGAAUAUUCUACAUUCUGCUUGAACAGCAGGAGCAGCAAGAAUUACAAAGGUGUAAGGAAAACUAGUAGGUAUGAGGAUCUCAAAGCAAUACACAGUAAAGAGGAGAAAUAAAUUGAUUAAGUUUGUGGACAUGUUACAAGACCAUUUCUCUAUAAAUUAUGGGCUUCAACUCCCAUUGAAGUCAAUGGCAAAGCUCCCAUUGACUUUAAUGGCAUUGAAUCAGGGCUUAUUAUAAGGAAGAUUGAAAAGGGUUUGCAAUGUUUUGUAACACAAAAGAUUACUGGUGAUAUAGAAGUGAGGAAGCAUCCCUAUAUCAGUAACUAAUAAAAAGCAGAAAUAUUCCUUUAGUGCAGGAUAAUGUCAGGCAAACCAAAAAUCAGUUUCCUAUCAAACAGAUCCAUAACAGAAUGGGUUUGGAGGACCAAGUGUAUUUUGGAGGGAGCAAAGCCUCACAACCUCCUUCAUUUAUGGAGGCUGACAUAAUUCGCAGAAGACUGCAUACUCCUCUGCAGGUCUCCAUUCCCCUGGCGAGCAAGAGGUAUAGGGAAGGGCAACAAAAAUGAUUGUGUCACUCGCAAAGGGCACACACAGGGAGUUAAUGUUGAGUUACAAGAAAAUCCUCAGCGUUCCCUGAUGUCAUGAAUUGUUUUUAAACAACCUUAAAGAGACUUGCAAUCACAGGAGUUAGUAACUCUGAAUUUGGAACCUAUUGCCUCUUAGCCCUGCAUUAGUCCAUAUUUAACAUAGCUUUUUCUCAAGGGGCAUUAGUAAGAGGAGUAGCCUUCUCCCCCCACAAAAGUUUUAAGAUUUAUAUCGUGAUUGUUAGCCAAAAUGGCUGCCUUGAUACUUCUGUAAAAUUUUUUGAAUAAUCUCAAGAAUAAAAUAUAUAGUGAGAUGUGGAUUUCACAACUAAUUUGAAAUUUUGGAGCUCUUAAAAACCCCCAAACAUUUACUAAUUUUUUACAGAAAAAUAAAUGUGAAGACUCAACGAGUGCAAAAUUGACAAAAUUGAUUGCAGUGUUGUAACCAUGUACAUUUAGUCAGUUUCUACCAGAUCUUAGUUAUGAGAUUUGAGGAUAAGACAAGCAAAGAGAGUGUUCCUGGCCAUCUAUUCUACUAGAAGUCAAUAAGCAAGAAAAGACUAUCUAGUGAUAUUGGACAAUAAAACUCUUACUACUAUGGAAUUUUUGCUGCCUUGAUAGGGUUGUUAUUACAAGUCAGAAAUUGAUACACAGUCCUCUAUUUUCAGUAUGAAGAGAGGUUUAUUAGGAAUUCAAGAAAAUCCUAACCAUAUUUGGUAAUUGGGUAAGCAGAUAGUGGAUCAAAUUUAAUAUUAGUAAGAUGAAAGUAAUGCCUGCUCAAUUUUCACACACAAUUUUAGACUCUGGGUUGUCCAGACCAUCUCAGGUUAAAAAACAGUGGCUAUGGAUAGCUCAAUAAAGCCAUCAGCUCAAAGCAAUGCAGCAGUUAAUGUGCACUAUUAAAAUGUUUGAAUGAAGUGAGGAUUUAAAACAUUGUAGUCCUCGUUAAUCAACAAUACAUCUGCAACUCAGGUACUACAUUCAUUUUUAUUAUAGCAAUAGCAAUCAGUUGAAAUACUUAUUUUAGGAAAGACUUGAUGAGGGAAACCCAAAGAUUAAAUACAAGUAAAAUACAAAAAUUAUGUUGAACUCCCUCUUGUUUCCCUUUUGCACCCUUUGUAAGGCAGAAUAAUUUGAACUCUUUAGCAAAUAAAUUCUUUUAAAU